GUUUGUGAUCAUGUCUGGAAGAGGAAAGGGCAGUGGGAAAGGUCGCGCCAAGGCGAAGUCUCGGUCGUCCCGGGCUGGCCUGCAGUUCCCGGUGGGCCGUGUUCACAGGCUCCUGAGAAAGGGCAACUAUGCUGAGCGUGUGGGUGCCGGAGCGCCGGUCUAUCUGGCUGCGGUGCUGGAGUAUCUGACGGCUGAAAUCCUGGAGCUGGCCGGCAACGCGGCCCGGGACAACAAGAAGACCCGCAUCAUCCCCAGGCACCUGCAGCUGGCCGUGCGCAACGACGAGGAGCUCAACAAGCUGCUGGGAGGGGUGACCAUCGCUCAGGGCGGGGUGCUGCCUAAUAUCCAGGCCGUGCUGCUGCCCAAGAAAACUUCCGCUGCUGGAUCCGCUAAAAAGUGAAGAUAGUGUUCUUGAAUUUGACAACCCAAAGGCUCUUUUAAGAGCCACUCACAGCAUCUGUGAAAGGAGCUAAACUCUCUAUCGGAUUGAUUAUUUUCUUUUUAAUGUGGAGAGUUCUCGCCUUUGUACCGGACAUCAAUAAAUUCCGCACUCCAUUUAAUUGGAUAUUGUUACUGGCUAAGGAAGCAUUUGUCAUAAAAUGCGAUUGCAAGAGUGUCCUAACCUACAGGAUUUCGUAUUGAACGGCCACUGCCUGAGUGAUAUCUGUCUUUACUAUGGAGAAUGGAGGCGCGAACGUCCCGGACUUCAGAUUAGAUUCACAUUUCCUGUAAAAGUGCUGUAGGAAGAGCUGGGUUGACCCAGUGCAGUAACGGGUCAGUCCCUGACCCUCUGCGCUUUAUUCCCUGCUCGGUUCAUACCCAGUCUUUUAUCCCCUGCUUCUGGAGAGACAGAGCAGAUUGAACACCAUUGAGACAUUUUUUCAGCUGUAAAGGCGGGAAUGGGGGAAAGUGAGAUUGCCUGAUCUUUAAUUUCGUAAUCGAGAAAAGCAAUCAACGUGUACGUACUGAUGUAUUCUCCUCUGUAAAGCUUGUUACCCUUUCAUUCUUAAAGGCGGGCAUUUUCAAAUUUGAAAAUAAGCCGUU